UAACAAAAUCUAAUAUGAUGAGGAGAAAAGUGUGUUUUCAUUUACAAGCAGUGUUGAGAAAACCAAUCCAUUCAGAUUACUUUUACUUUUGCUUCUAGAGAGCUGGUGGUAGUGUUUCCUUACAUUCUGACGAAUUUCCUGAGAUUCAAAAGCCAAGGACUGCGGGCUUCAUCACCCUGCUAACUAUCUGCUCUCUUUCUGCUCUUCUCAGAUGGUUAACAAAAUAAUUAUCCAAGAUGGAGGGGUCUGCUUACAAUCUUCUUUGUUUCUGAACAACUUUGUCAACAUUUCCUACCUUUUAAAUACAUUCCACACCACUAGGAUGAAAGGCUGCAAUCAAAGCAGUUCAAAAUUAGAAGCUCAAAAUUAGACCCAAAAUAAAAAAGUAGAAUGACUGUGAAUUAAGAAUUUUAAUGUAUAUAUGUUUUCCUUUUACUCAGUGUAAUAACAUGGCUGCUCCUGAUAAGCAGUAAAAACAACACUAAAUUUUUUUUAUCUUCAACUGUCCUUUGACCAUUCAUUGUUUUUCACCAUUUCCCAAACUCCUGUUUCAUGAACUGGAAGGGAUGUCAUUCCUUGACAGUUUUUGAGAAAUACUCCCUUUGACCUUAUUCUUAUGCAACUUGUACUUGCAGACCCGUGCUUUUUCUCACAUUUGAAAAGGGGAUUUUCCACUGUUGUUUUUCGGGUCAGAAAUCCCUCUCUAAAGAAAUUCUUACAUGGAUGGACGGCUUAAGGAUUCACUGGAACAGGUAGGUGCUUCGGCCAGAGUGUAAGUGUUUGGGCCAGUAUGGUUUAAAGGGGGCCGGCCCUCGCAUGUUUAAAUAUAGGACCGGCCCACCGCCCAAAUGCCCGGUAUCACAGAUUACCAGUCCAAGCCUGAGCAGUACCAUCUUCUCACAGAGCGCCUCAACCAGAUCCAGCUGAUAAAGUUGAUGGCUCUGCAAAAAGCUCAGCAGUUCCAACAGAAACAGGAGAAAACUAGGCUUAACAAGAAGGCUCUGGACACCCAGGUUGUGAAUAAGGUUUCUAUGGGAUCUCCUGACUAUCAGCCAGACAAACCAAGGUUAACUCGUUGCGAAACAGCAACCCGGAUGGCAGAGAGUCGAGAGAGAGCAAAAAAGGUGUCUCAGGAGAAUCUCAGCGUUGCUACUCAGAGAAAUAAGGAAGAGAUGCAGAUCCGUCAACUUCAGCUGGAAAAAGAAAGGGAAAUACUCCAACGCACAAAAACAGAGUUGAUUCAGGAUAAAGCAAAUCACUUUGAAAGGAAGCGUAACAUCCGAAAGUCGCUUGAGGACGAGUGGAGUCGAAGCGUGGAGCUCAAACACCAACGAGAAGAAGAGGAGAGGCUAUUCCUGAGUGAAAAGUGGACUUGGCUGAAGUUCAUCGUAAGAUUUCAUGGCGAAUAAUUUCUCCAAAGACCUCCGCGGUUAUCUCAUUUCACCAAACAGCUGUUCUGCGACCCAAAGGAAUGGGUGAGAGAGGACUUCAUGGAUGGGAGAGAUUAAUCAAACACAAGAGGCACAGAAACGGGAAAACACAAAGACUGAAAGAGAAAAGGCAGAUGAACACCAAGUGAGUCUGUCAACACACGCUUGAUUGUGUCUGUGACCAGCAGCAAGAGGAGGACGGUGGGAGGAAUAAAACAAUUAACAUGGAAAGCAUUCCGGGGAAUGUUGGUUACCUUGACAACAGUGGGCAAAGGCAAACAAACAGGUCCUUUCAGAACAUUUCAAAACAAAUAGAUAUGUCUCUUCUAUUAGCCCUCUGGCUUUUGCAAAAUGGAGCAACUGCAGUAGCUUUUUGAGAAUAAUUACAAAAGAAUUAUUGACUUAUAUCUUAUUUACUUAUAUCUCUUGUUUCUGUUUUAAAAUGAAUCAACUUAUUCUGUCUUGGAUGAUGGUGCUGAUUAGAUACAGCAUAAUAAAAAGGCUUUAAAAUCUUGAUUUUUAUUCAGUCCGUUCUUCAGAAUUGGUGAAAGUGUAUGACAGUGGGCCAAUUUGUAGAUUUGUGCAGUAGGAUGGGUGUGGUUCUUUUUCUUUGGAUUUACAGCAGUGUUUGAUGAGCCAACAGGUCCACCCUUUGUCCUGGCAAAGGUGCUAAUCCAUAAUUAGUAACAGAAGACCCAGAACAAUAGUUUCUGAAUCAUAUGUGCUUUCUUGCCAAAAGCCAUAAAAGGGUAAAAACUCUUUGUUUUCUGCACAGUUAUAAUGCAAGUGAUAAGCUUGUUCAAAAACACUAUGUGUGCUUGUCACUGGGUUCAAACUGAACUAGCUGUAAAAAGAAAUCAAGUAAAAAAUGGAUGGUGAAAAUAUAUCCCUACAUCUUACAACAAUCUGUUUAUAUGAAAACAUUUCAUCUUACAUGCCAAGAACGUGGAAUUAAAUAUUCCUUUUGUCUGAUUAAUGAGUAAAAACAGACACG